UAAUCGGGUGCCAUCUUAUUUGCUCUUAGCAGUUUGCAGUCUUGAUGCAGUUGUCUUUCAACUCAAACAAAGUCGUCCUUUAUUAUUUUUGACUGAACGGUAAUCACAGACUCUCACAACCACUUCCGUGUCGAAGUCCCUCUCUUCCUUUGCGGCUGACAGACGUCGUACGUUUGCACGGAGUUUUUCUUAUCUUGUCGCUUAUUGUCUCUUUGGUGUGGACCGGCAUUUUCCCACAACACCCUGCUUCUGCUCUCACAGAUGACGAAAAUGGCGGAUAACGCAACAUUGGUUGACGUCGUUGAGGGCUGUCGCCUCCCCGUUCUUCGCAAAAACCAAGAAAACGAAGACGAAUGGCCAUUGGCUGAAAUCCUAAGUGUGAAGGAAAUCCCUGGCAGAAAGCUUUACUAUGUUCACUACAUUGACUUCAACAAGCGUCUGGAUGAGUGGGUCACACCAGAUAGGCUGGACAUGAAGAAGCUCCAGUUCCCCAAGAAAGAAGCUAAAACGCCAACCAAAAAUGGGCUUCCAGGGUCCCGUCCCAGUUCUCCAGAGAGAGAAGUGAGGAAGAGUCUAGAUCUCAACCUACAAACUGCCACAGCUCCUUCCAGAGGCAAAACCCUCCCCACACCGAAGCGGAAAGCAGAGUCUGUCUCCCUGGCACCUCAGGCAUCCCCGGUCACUUCGGUGCCUUCGCUGCCAGGUUCAGCUGAAGCCUCUCAGGCGUCUGUCUACCCGGCUGUGAGGGACAGCAGCAGCUUCAACCCCAAGUCCCGCGACGACCACGACCAGCUCUCCUCUCUGACCACGAAUGGCACUGCCCGGCGACUCAUGGCCUCACAGCCAGGGAGGAAGAGGAAGGCCAACUGUGGGGGCACUGAUGAGACGAUAAAGGUUUUGCAGUAUAACAACCAUCGAAGUGCCAGUGUCUUUCUUCCACCACAAGAAGAUUCCCAGGACAGUUCUGAUGGCAUCCCCUCUGCUCCACGCAUGACUGGCAGUCUGGUGUCCGACCGUAGCCAUGAUGACAUAGUCACCCGAAUGAAAAACAUAGACUGUAUAGAACUGGGCCGUCACAGACUGAAGCCGUGGUACUUCUCGCCGUACCCGCAGGAACUCACCACGUUACCUGUCCUCUACCUCUGUGAAUUCUGCCUCAAGUACCUAAAAAGCCUCAAAUGUCUGCAGAGGCAUCUGACAAAAUGUAAUCUUCGGCAUCCCCCAGGCAAUGAGAUCUAUCGCAAAGGCACCAUCUCAUUCUUUGAGAUUGACGGCAGGAAAAACAAAACGUAUUCCCAGAACCUCUGUUUACUGGCCAAGUGCUUCCUGGACCACAAAACAUUGUAUUACGACACAGACCCCUUCCUCUUCUAUGUAAUGACAGAGUACGACUCCAAGGGCUUCCACAUAGUGGGCUACUUCUCCAAGGAAAAAGAGUCGACAGAAGAUUAUAACGUGGCCUGCAUCCUCACCUUGCCUCCCUACCAGCGCAGAGGCUACGGCAAGCUCCUUAUUGAGUUCAGUUAUGAGCUCUCUAAGGUUGAAGGGAAGACAGGCACUCCUGAGAAGCCACUUUCUGACCUUGGUCUUCUGUCCUAUCGCUCCUACUGGUCCCAGACCAUCUUAGAAAUUCUCAUGGACCUGAAGCCUGACAACGGGGAGAGGCCCCAGAUUACCAUCAAUGAGAUCAGUGAGAUCACCAGUGUGAAGAAAGAGGAUGUCAUUUCAACACUGCAAUACCUCAACCUCAUCAACUAUUACAAGGGUCAGUAUAUCCUGACUCUUUCAGAGGACAUUGUGGAUGGACAUGAAAGAGCAAUGCAGAAGAGACACUUGCGCAUAGAUCCAAAAUGCCUUCACUUCACCCCCAAGGACUGGAGCAAAAGGGGCAAGUGGUAGAGUCCCCCACCUCCCCCCUCCCACUGAUAGCAGACUUUACUGAAGUCAUCAGAUAAAGCUUUUUGUUGAGUUGUGGAACCUCUAUACAGAAACCUUUUUGAACCCAAAACCCUUUUUGUUGAAGGUAUAAACAGUGAGCGGAAGUUGACAUUCAGGAUGCGUAUGCUUUUAUUGUAAAUAAAAGACCUGCUGGUUAACAGA